AUCAUGGAUGACCUUAUCACGCUGAUUCGCACCGAGAUCCCGGAGGGGCGCAAAAAUCUUCAGGAGAGCUACUCCAACCUCGAACGGGUAGCCGAGUAUUGCGAGGACACCUACUAUCGGUCCGAUAACAAAAAAGCGUCCCUGGAGGAGACGAAGAACUACACCACGCAGUCGUUGGCGAGUGUCGCGUACCAGAUCAACACGCUGGCGUACAACUUCCUGCAGCUGAUGGACUUGCAGGCGACGCAGAUGGCGGAGAUGGAGUCUCAGAUGAACCAUAUCUCGCAGACGGUUAUGAUCCACAAGGAGAAGGUGGCGCGUCGCGAAAUUGGUGUGCUAACGGCGAACAAGGUUAGCUCGCGGCAGUACAAAAUAGUCGCUCCGCUCAAUCCGGAAAAGCCGAUCAAGUACGUUCGGAAACCGAUUGAUUACACGCUGUUCGAUGACGUAGGUCAUGGUAUUGCCUUGACGAACAACAACCAGAAGAAGCACCGCGUUUCGAGCCAGGGUUCGAUCCAGGCGGCCUUGUCACCGAACGUAUCGGUUGGUCCACCACCGACGACGAAGCCUCCGACGCCACCGCAAAUGACCCGCAGUGCGGGUCAUUCCGGUACGCUCGGCAAGCCGGUUAGCAACACUGGCACGCUUGGUAAGGCGUCCCGGGAGUACCGUACACCGCCGGUUGUUGUGCCACCUCAGGUGCCCUCGCACUACGCGCCCAACUACCCUGUAGGUCAUCCAAGGCGUACAUCCGGUGGGGGCGGAGUCGAGCGCGGUCCCGGCUACAGUGCCCUACCGAUGCCGAUGCCACCGAGCCAGGUGGUGAUGCACCACCCACCGCAGAUCGGUAUGGUGCACCCGAUGCAAUCCGGGCCGGUAAUGCAGCACCAGUCCACGUUCGAGGAACGCAACAGCAUGCCGCCUCCACCAUCACCGCUGACGGUGACCCACGAGGUGCCGGAUCACAGCCACAUCGGCAUGCACACGCUGAGUCGGAACAUGCCCCGUCCGGGCUCACAGUCGCCGCCUUUGCCACCACCACCGCCGCCGGAAGAGUCGGACCACGCCGAUUUCGGACGUCCGCGAACAACCCAGAGCAGCCUCGUGGCACCGAUCGUGCCGGACGAUCAGAACUUGCCCGGUUGGGUGCCGAAGAACUACAUCGAGAAGGUGGUCGCUAUCUACGACUACUACGCGGACAAGGACGACGAGCUCAGCUUCCAGGAGAGCUCGGUGCUGUAUGUACUGAAGAAGAACGACGACGGUUGGUGGGAGGGCGUGAUGGACGGCGUGACUGGGCUGUUCCCUGGCAACUACGUCGAACCGUGCGUCUAAGGUGGUCGUCACGCAUUCCGACAAACUGGCCUUCGAUGACCACGCGCCAGUAUUGCGCUUGGAAUGUUUCUUUUUCCGCGAUAGCUUUAGCGUAAGGGCACGUAUGGUUUAUUUUUUUCGUAUACUUUUAUUGCAUACCUACGAUUGUUCACUGGCACCGACCGAAGCGUGUUUAGCCCCACAAAUCCUUCUUCCUACGAUUCCUACGAGAUAAACCACAGAUAGAUCAUAGCUAACGAUUUUAUAUUUAUUGUGUUCCAGCUAUUCA